AAAUAUAUGAAUGCCGACAGAUUCUGUCGUACAUCUUGAAAUCCUCCCUCAAAAUUACUACCAAUUUUGUGGUGACUAAUGCAACAAAAUAUACUAAUUAAAUCACCGUCAAGAGGUAUACUAAACAAAUAAACUUGGACUAAUCUGAGAGUGAAUCAAUCUAUCAGAAAAGUACUCCUAGAAAAGGAGGAAUCAUUAAUCCAUCCCCUUUUUCUAUUUGCGCUUGUAGACAAAUUGUCAGAAACUCAGAACUGAUUCCUCACAAUUUUUUUUUUCUCCAUCUCUUCAACCGAAAAAAUGGCAAAAAAUUAGAACCCACUUUAAAGCUUUUAGUUAUUUAAGGAAAAGUAAAAGGCAGAGGAAAUUGAUAUAGUGAGCGCGUUUUCUCCAAUUCAGUUCCUGCUGACUCGAAACUCCGGGGGGAAGAAGUUCACUUCACAACAGUUCACACUGUAUACUUUUUUGCAAGCUAGCUGGCUCAUAUGAAAAGAAUAUGAAUCAGUGAUUUUCAUGUUCAUUAAGGCCCCAUGAUAUUGGUAUAUAUCAAUACAUCCUUUUUGCUUCAUUUUAUUUAAUUUUUUCCCAUUAAGAAGGAAAACAUCCUCCGUUAACUUGCACAGAUUGAGGUACAGGACAAAGUGGUGAUGGAGAAACCAAGGAAAUUCCCAUUACUAUUGCGGAUGGUGGUCUUACUUCUCAGCAUGGUUUCUGGAGUUUACAUCUUUUCAAUUUGUAUGGAGCCCAUGACUUAUUUCAGGAGUAGUGAUCUGUUGCGAACCAGAAUGGUUCUGAAUUCAUGCCCAAAUACUAAAAUUCACUCAAGUGAAAUUCCUUACAUUCAUUUUCCUUCUCCCAGAAACUACAGCAGGCAGGAAUGCGCUUGUAAUCCAGUGAGGUUGUUUGCUAUUAUAUCGAUGCAGAGAUCCGGCAGUGGAUGGUUUGAGACGUUGUUGAAUAGCCAUGAAAAUGUCAGCUCCAAUGGUGAAAUAUUUGGGGCAAGAGAUAGAAGGGUUAAUAUUUCUGCCAUUUAUAACAUAUUGGAUCAAGUCUACAAUCUGGAUUGGUAUAGCAGUUCAUCAAAGAAUGAGUGCUCUGCUGCUGUUGGGUUUAAAUGGAUGCUUAAUCAGGGAUUGACAGAAUAUCAUGAAGGGAUAGCAAAAUACUUCAGAAAAAGAGGCGUCCAUGCAAUAUAUCUCUUCAGAAGAAAUCAUCUGCGCAGAAUGAUAUCCUUGCUCGCAAAUGCAUAUGACAAAGAGACUAAGCCUCUAAACGGGACGCACAAAUCACAUGUCUAUUCGCCACGGGAGGCUCACGUGCUCGCAAGAUACAAGCCUUCGCUAAAUGCAACACGAUUAGUGCGAGAAUUAAUGAAAGCCGAACAGAAGACUGCCAGAGCACUAGAAUACUUCAAAAGCUCUAGAAGCAUUGUUGUUUACUAUGAAGAUAUCGUCAGGAAUCGCACAAAAUUGAUUGAAGUUCUAGACUUCUUGAAGCUGCCACACAGAAAACUUAGAAGCAACCAAGUGAAAAUCCAUACUGGAUCGUUAUUGACACAGAUUGAAAAUGCUGCCGAUGUGGAAAGAGCAUUAAAAGGAACAACCUACGAAAGAUACCUCCAUUCAGACUACCAAUAA